AAUUUCUUGACAUCUGGAUUAAAGUUAUCUUUACUACCCGUUUUUAUUGCCUGCGUGCGUGUCUGAUUAUUUUCUGUCAUUCACGUCAAAAUGACAAUACUCGGUAAUGUUGUGAGGGUCAAAAAUUUGAUACAGCCCUACAAAUUGUUGGAAAAUGUUACGAUAUUGGCAAGACGGAGUCUUGGGAGCAAUGGAAACUUUGAUUAUGACUUGGCGGUCAUUGGUGGCGGGUCGGGGGGGCUGGCGUGCGCGAAGGAGGCCGUAAACCAGGGCGCCAAAGUCGCGGUGUUAGACUACGUCACGCCCUCGCCGCAGGGCACCAAGUGGGGCCUUGGUGGGACAUGUGUGAACGUCGGAUGUAUACCCAAGAAGUUGAUGCACCAAGCAGCGUUGCUGGGCGAAAGCAUACAUGCGUUGGUAAGUGAUAGAAAUCCUCAAACUGGACCCUCUCCCUAUAUCCUAACCUGCGAACUUGGAUUAUUCUUGAACUGGGCUAGUGGUUUCUUUUUUUUUUUUAAUUUUUAUGUAGAAGUUUUAUCACAAAUAAAGCAGUGCUGUCGGUAUUUUUAGA